AUGUCCUCUACACGCCACAUCUUUACAUCUCGCUCUAUCGAAACUCACACCCACAAAGACAAGCCAUCCAAAACUGCUUCAAAACAACAAACUAUUCUGCACAGCCACAAGCGAACUAUGUCGAAUCAUGCCUGGAGUUUGAGAGACGGAGAUGGGCAAUCACGCGAAGAUCAGGUCCAUGCUGCCAUCCGUGAAGUAAGGCGCAUUGCUGAUUGGCGCUCGUCUAACCCAGAUACCUUGGACCAACGCCUACACUUGGCCAGAACUGCAAUCAGCACACUCAAUUCCACGGGGUUGACUUGGAUCCACAGUGACUCGAGAGAUCGCAUCUUUGUUAUUAGCACGCUGCAGAAACUCGCAUAUCACGAAGCUGAUGCUGAAGGAGUUGCAGACAUAGCGGACUGGUGUAUGAGCCAGUGGCUACAACUAUUACAGAGAGAUGGAGAAAGCCUUAGCGUACUCAGAGGGUUGGGCCAGGCUUGGUUAGCUCGAUCCCAGAGCAUUCUGGCACGAAUACACUGUCAAGAGGGGAGCAUAUCCAGUGGUAGCAGUGGCCGGCCACGCAGCCAAGGUGAAGUGCCCCCGUACACUUCCACCGAGGAUGCAAGAGAUGCUGAGCGCGCAGCAGCAGAAGCGGAUACGAGGGCACAUACAGCAGAUUAUGUGGAGGCCAGAACAAUGCUCAUACCAGCAGUUGACUAUUUCUCAAGGGCAAUCGAGGUUGCUGACAGGGAUGGAGGUCUUGACGGGGAUCUUUUGUCAGAGGCUGCGGAAGCGACCAUGAGUCUUGGCAAUGUCUCCUACUCACAUUCCAACGAACAGCAGUUCCACAGAGCGCGGACCGUGUUCGAUCAAAUACAAAUCUGCAACCAGUAUGUGUGCUAUGUACCUGCGUCCCACGCUUUAGACCACGAUAUUGAUGACUUCCACGCAGUGUUAGAGGCACGCCUAGAACAAGCCGCUUCUUUGAAGAAGGUUGGUCUUGCCAACAAAAUCCCAUCCCGGGAGCAUCAAACUGACAUCUUACAGGUGGUUGAUGCCAUCAAGGAUCUGGUUCAGGACUGCAAUUUCGACUGCAAUGACUCCGGCGUGGCCCUCCAGGCGAUGGACAACUCACACGUCGCCUUGGUGUCCAUGAUGCUCAAGGCCGAGAUGUUCUCACCCUUCCGCUGCGAUCGAAAUAUUGCCCUUGGCAUCAACUUGACCUCUCUGACGAAAGUACUACGUGCAGCUCAGAAUGAGGAUAUUCUCACACUCAAGGCAGAAGAUGCUCCUGAUGUGGUCAAUCUGGUCUUUGAAAGUGCCGAGUCGGACAGAAUCAGUGAAUAUGAUAUCAAGUUGAUGGACAUUGAUCAAGAGCAUCUGGGUAUUCCAGACACAGAAUACGCUGCCACCAUUGAGAUGCCUAGUGCAGAAUUCCAGCGCAUCUGCCGAGAUUUGAUUUUGAUGUCUGAAUCUGUAUCCAUCGAGGCCAACAAGGAUGGUGUCCGCUUCGCAUGUCAAGGUGACAUUGGUAGCGGAAGCGUCACUGUUCGGUCACAUACCAAUGUUGAGAAGGAGGACCUGAGCGUGAACAUCAACCUAUCGGAGCCCGUGUCACUCACAUUCUCUCUCAAAUACCUGGUCAACUUCUGCAAAGCCAGCGGUCUUUCAAACCGUGUCAAGCUCUGCCUGUCAUCGGAGGUGCCGUUAUUGGUGGAAUACAGUCUCGCGAGCAGCAGCUUCUUGCGGUUCUACUUGGCUCCUAAGGUCGUUUACGGAUAUGUCGGCAAUAAGAUGGUAACGACCACCCUGCAGGCCCUGGGGUGUGAUGUUGCGGCCAUAAAUACUGUCAAUUUCAGCAACCACACUGGUUAUCGACAAGUUAAAGGGCGACGAACACCGGCAUCUGAAAUCCGCGAGCUCUACGAUGGCUUACGGCAAUCCUACCUGACGGACUUUGACAUGCUGGUUUCGGGCUACGCACCUAGUGCAGACGUUGUCGAUGUCGUUGGCUUUAUUGCGCGCGACCUACGGUACCGCUCGACGGUGAAGCCAGGAGGAUUCUUCUGGAUUCUUGAUCCUGUCAUGGGCGACCAGGGGCGGCUCUAUGUCGCCGAGGAGAUUGUCCCUUCUUAUAAACAGCUCGUACGUGAAGCAGAUCUCAUUCUACCGAACCAAUUCGAGGCCGAGCUACUCAGCGGCGUCAGCAUCAGUAGUCUCAGCGGCGUCGCAAAUGCAGUAAGGACGAUGCACAAGACGUUCGGUACGCGGCACAUCGUUGUUACGAGCGUGGGUGUUGGGGAGGGCAAAUCAGAACUCUUGACUGUGGUAGGCAGCACGAAGAAGUCUGAUGGCAGUGCACGGCUCUUCAAGGUUGAGGUUCCCAAGCUGGACUGCUUCUUCAGUGGCACAGGUGACAUGUUUGCUGGGUUGAUGGCGGCCCGGUUGAGGGAGGCAUGCGCACAUGCCGAUCUGCUUGCGAGGGCUGGGUGGGCGCCCGACGACGAUGUCGAGUCCGUCGACCUGCCUUUGGCAAAGGCAACGGAAAAGGUUCUCAGCAGCAUGCAGAUCGUACUGGAGAAAACCCUCGCUGCCAGGGACGCAGAGAUGCAAUCCUUUGGAACCAGUCCGGGUGCCAGCGUGGGUGGUGUGGAAGGUGAAGAUGGCGGAGAUAGUGAAGGCAAGAGGAAGUAUCUUGCCCAAACUAAAGCUGCAGAGGUGAGAGUUGUUAGGCACGCGAAGGAUCUGUUGAACCCUGAAGAUAGAUACAAGGCGGAAGCACUGGAAUAG